AUGGGCGGCCCAUCAGAACCGUCAAAUCGACGGUAUUCUGCCAUAGCCGCGUCACCAAUGAUUCCGGCUCCAGAUAUUGCAACUGUCGCCGAAGCGUAUCAGCUUCCAAGUGUUUGCUCUACUCCACGAGACAUGCCGCUCCCGCCUCAUCAUGGUCGGUCUGAAUCAGAGCUCGGAGCAUUGAUGAUUGAUGAACAGCAACCUUAUUUCGGGUGGAAUGAGGUGACUUCAAACCAAGCCCCUCCCAGAGCCAACAUGGCAUUUGAUCCUGUUCCUAAGGACAUGCUUCAAAUGUGGUUGGAACCUCAUCUGGUCAUGUCCCCGGGCCAGCAGACUCGACAUUCAGUCGAUAGCGCCAAAUCAAACAGUGACAAUAUCCCCACUGAACGAUUUUACAAGGUCCAGCGUAGUUGGCCCGCACCAAUGAAUAGUGGAAGGCUUAUCAAUAGCUUGUGGCGGGAUGUCGCGUUCUCGGUUGAGGAUAAUAUCUUCUCCGUUCAGUCAUUACAUCUUCGCACUGAGGCGACAUUUGCCCAAGGAUCACGAUGUGGACUGGACGAGGACUGCAGAAGAAGACUCCAGGAAGUAUUCGGUCGUGGGUCAUCCACAAAUCCACACAUGCAAUUUCCAAACAAUGAAGGCACUUCCCCAGCCACGCCUGUCUCUACUAUGAACUCUUCGCCCGAUUUUCCGCCUGCUGAGAUCUUGGAUAUGGCGCUCGACCUUUAUUUCCGUAUCUCACUUGUUCCUAUCGUUCAUUUGCCGACAUUUUCAGCGAAAAAAGCGCGGCCGUCCCUCUUGUAUGUCAUGAUUAUAAUCGGCAUGACGUUGCUGGAUACAAGAGGGACAACUGAUUAUGUCUCUCGCAAUUUCACCAGUGUUUUAGAGCAGGUAACAGUGGAAUUUUUUAGAUGCGCCACCGGAGCUGAGAAUGCCUCGGAAACUAUGACAUUGUUCGCGACAGCCCUGCUAUUCUUACAUCUUCCUCUGUUGACAGGAGUAAAAGAGCAUCUAGAACAAUGCCAAACAUUAUACUUGAACGUCAUGACCGUGGCCCAACGCCAUGGUCUCUUUACCGGGGGUCAGAUCCUCGACAUGAGUUUAUUCGAAAGAUUUGCCGAUCUCGAUAUGAGAUGGAAAGCAUGGAGCAAAGUUGAAUCAACGAAAAGGAUCAUUCUUGGACUUCUUCUCCUGGACUCCUGCUACUCAUCCUUCCUCUCAACAAGCCCAAUAACAAACCCCGACACAAUUCAGCUCAUUCUCCCUUGUGGUGAAGACCUUUUCAACGCUCACUCCUCCCACCGCUGGACACAACUCAUCCGCUCCGGGAAACGUAUUCUCUCUACAACAAUCAAUGCACCAUCUGAAAACACCAACAUCCCCAACCUCGAAGUCCCAACCGAAGACUUUUGCAUCCAAGCCAUCCUCGCGACCGUCCAAAUACGCCAAUCAGAAGCCUACCAUCGCCUCCUUUCUAAUAGAGCUAGCUACCCCUUCGCACCAUGCCACACAUACGCCAUGGAUGGCCGAGCAAGGUGUCUCCCCUCUCUUCAAGCCCAACUCAUCACGAACUACGGAGAAACCCUCGAUCGUCUGAGCUCUAAUUCUGUCAUUAUGUGGCAUCACAUGUGCAUGAUGUUAACAGCCGAUAUCCAAAUCUUCGAUUUAGGGGCAGGUCGUGCCGGCCCAGACUCAGCACGCAAAGCCCUCAAUCAAAUCGCCGAGUGGGCACAGACUCCAGCAGCGAGACGAGCUUGUCUGCAUGCUGCGCAUAUAUACAAAGCGAUGACAAACCGCAAAGCUUCCGAUCAUCCCACCUUCCAAUGUUUAUUUUCUUGCUUCUCUGCUGCAUUGGUUCUAGGUCUUUACACGUUCAUGGUCCCCGACUCUGCAAAUGCAACCAAUAUUGGGCCUGUGGAGCUGAUGGAUGAUGUUGACUGGUGUUCGCUGGGGACAGAGGGCUUCACGAGUUUCAUGGAACCGAGGGGCAGUCAGAGUUUUGCUCCUACAGAUGAUCCUGCUGUGAACUUCAUUCGAAAUGGGUCAACAAUUUAUUUACGCGGCACGCCCUUCCACAGUGGAUAUCAAUCUGCAAGGAGGGUUCUUCUUGACUAUGCUUCUCUUCUUAAGGAUUCUGGGAAGUGGAGUGUGAAAAAGUUCUCGCAUAUUUUGUUUAUCAUGAGUGAUGUUCUUAUGGACCUAGAGUGA